CUGCACCCCCUCACAAAAGCCUUCACAAAUUUGUUGGUGUGAUGCAAACUUCCAAUUAAAGCAAUUAUUUCAGAAGACAAAGAAGUUGCAAAUCAGGAAACCAAAUGUCUCAGCUGUCUAGUGGCAUCAACGAAAGGCUUGCUUUCUUAUCAUCCGCAUCAAUUUGCCCUUUUAUCUUCAAAAUAAAUGAACAAUUACACAGGCAAAAUAAGAAAGCCUAUGAACCAGAAAUACUCGGUGUUGGUCCUUACUACCACAAAAAAGUUAACCUCCAAAUGAUGGAAGUGCACAAACUACGGUACCUAGAUGAACUGCUUAAACGAAGAAAUGAGAGUGUGGAUGGAUACUUGGAAGCCUUGAAAAAUUUGGAGAAGGAAGCUCGGAAUUAUUAUGCAGAACCCAUUAAACUGAAUAAGGAUAAAUUUGUGGAAAUGAUGCUACUGGAUGGGUGCUUUAUCAUCGAGUUAUUUCGCAAGUUUAACAAUCCAACCUCAAGAGAUGAACACGAUCCCAUUUUCCAAAUUCCUAAUAUUCGGAAAAGUAUACGACGUGACUUACUGUUAUUUGAGAACCAAAUUCCACUCUUUGUCCUCAUCCAAUUAAUUGAUAUGACCGAAAAUUCAAACCAAGGGAAUCCACAAGACAUCUUAGCUCGCUGGGCCCUCAAUUUUUUUCGUGCAACCAUUUCAAGUUUUCUGCCUUCACAAACUUCCAACAAUCAACCAACCACAAUUCCAACCACAAUUCCAAAAUAUAACGACCGUCAUCUUCUAAGCCUUGUACAUGAUGCCUGGUAUUCUUUAAUUGCUGAAAAGGGCUCCUCUCCUGAGACUGAUACACACCAUGGAUUCAUAAAAGGUGUUACAAAGGUCCUAAAAUCCGCGAUUGAAUUCAGUAAGGGUAAAAAAAGUUCCUCGUCGCCCGAUAUUGAUCUUGAAAAUGUGUCUUGUCAUGGGAUUGAUACAAACCACGAACUCAAAGAAGACUUUAUAUUGGUCAAAGAAAGUUCCAUGUUCGUCGAUAAUGAGUUUGAAAAUGUGUCCUCUUGUGCGACUGAUACAAACGAGGAAUUCAUAGAAAGUGUUGCAGAGCCUACAAACUGUUCCUCGUCUAAUGAAAUUGAGUUUGCAAAUGGGCCCUCUAGUGGGACUACAUUCGAGAAGUCUCCAAGAUGUUUCAGCCUCAUACAUGAUGCCUGGUAUUCUUGUAUUCCUGAAAAGGGGACCUCUCCUCGGAUUGAUACAAACCACAAAUUCAUAAAAAGUGUUACAGAGCUCCGAGAAGCCGGGAUUAAAUUCGAGAAGACUAAAUGUUCCUUAUUGUUCGAUGUUAAAUUUGAAAAUGGUAUCAUUAAAAUCCCUCCCCUUCGAGUUGAUGAUGAUACAGAGUGGCUAUUCAGAAAUCUGAUUGCUUACGAGCAAUACAGUGGAAAAACUAGGAAUACUUAUAUGACCGACUAUAUGACUUUUAUGGAUUGCCUCCUCAAUUCCCCUAAGGAUGUCGAAAUACUUCGCCACUCUGGAAUUAUUGAUAAUUGGUUAGGUGAUGAUAAAGUUGUUUCUACCAUGUUUAACAAAAUGUGCAAUCAGAUCAUGGUCAAUGUAAAUUCUAAAACGUUCUAUUAUGGGAAAGUGUUCAAGGAAGUUAACGAGUAUUGCAAGCAUCGUCGUCAUGGAUGGAUGGCUUUUUUAAGGUAUAAUUAUUGCAACAGCCCGUGGUCUAUUCUUUCAGUUACUGUGGCUACUGUGUUUCUGCUACUCACUGUGAUACAAACAGGAUGUUCUAUCUUACAAGUUUAGUUUUAAGUAAUGUUUUGAAGUUCUUAGUUAGAAAUUCUAGUCAAUUUGAAUGUUUUUUAAAGCACUGCAGUGAAGUUUGGUUUAAAUGGAGUUGUAAACUAUUAACUUAUAUAUGGAAUUCUGUUGAGUAUGUUAUUUAACAGCUAGCCAAAUAGAAGUUCGGCUAUUUUUGUUAAUGACUUGCAACUGGUUAGCUGUGCAGCUUGUG